CGUGCCGACCCCGCCCAGACCCCGCCCUAUCCAAGCCCUGCCCCGCAGCUCCGGGACGCGCGCGCGCGCGCGCCUGUGCGGGAGGGGGCGGGUGGGGAAGGAUCGCCAGCGAGAUCCCGAGGCAAGGCUCGCGCGCCCGCCCCCGCCCUGGCCCCCAGCUCCCACCCGGUCGGCCCGGCUCAGCCAUGAUCAAGGCGAUACUCAUUUUUAACAACCACGGGAAGCCGCGGCUCUCCAAGUUCUACCAGCCCUACAGUGAAGAUACACAACAGCAAAUCAUCAGGGAGACAUUCCAUUUGGUAUCUAAGAGAGAUGAAAAUGUUUGUAAUUUCCUAGAAGGAGGAUUAUUAAUUGGAGGAUCUGACAACAAACUGAUUUAUAGACAUUAUGCAACAUUAUAUUUUGUCUUCUGUGUGGAUUCUUCAGAAAGUGAACUUGGCAUUUUAGAUCUAAUUCAAGUAUUUGUGGAAACAUUAGACAAGUGUUUUGAAAACGUCUGUGAACUGGAUUUAAUUUUCCAUGUAGACAAGGUUCACAAUAUUCUUGCAGAGAUGGUGAUGGGGGGAAUGGUAUUGGAGACCAACAUGAAUGAGAUUGUUACACAAAUUGAUGCACAAAAUAAACUGGAGAAAUCUGAGAUAGAGAACAAGAAAAGCGGCCCUAAGAUACAGAUGUUGGAAAGUCAGUUUGUAAGUUGGUUCUGCCCCUCUACUUUGACAUGCACAGUUACUCUCUUAUUCAAAAUUAUGAUGAGGACCCUUCAGGUCACUUGUGAGGGUCAAAACUAUUUAUAUUAAAUCCAUAAAUGACAUUGGUCUGCUGUAUUUAUUUCACACAGGUAAAUCCUAUGCUAGAAAUUAAAACUGUAAUUUAAGGUUACAUAAAAUGACUAGUACUGAAAGGUUUAAAAAUUUUAAAAUAUUCUCAUUUUGGUAAAAAUGUUCAUAAAAUGCCAUAGUUCUUGCUUACUAGAGGACCAUCAUCAGCAUUUCUAAUCUGUUUAUAAUUGCAGUAUUAAAAUCACUGCCUUUAAAGCAAAGAGCAAGCCUGUCCCCAGUUUAAAAGUUAUUCUGCUUUAAAUUCAGAAAUUAAAAUAUUGACAUUUUCUAUUCUGCUCAAAUCAUGCUUUCAAAAUCUGCCAUUAUUUUGUUAAUGAUUUUGAGUCUGAAACCAUUUAAUACUGUGUUUAUUAAUGUUGAUGUUCUUUCACUUUGCUGUUAGGUCAAAAUUAUGAAUGUGCAUAUAGCAACUUCCAGCAGGAUGGGUGGGUAAAGGUUUUAGUAUGUACAAAUUAUUUCAACUACCAUCUUAUUAUGCUAUAUAUCAACCUUGAAAAAAUAUUUUAAGAUGGUAGGAUAUUUUAUGUUUUAGAUGAAGUAAAUAUCUAGGUUCUUUCCUUUUCCCUUGGAGAAAGCUAAUUGCUUAUUGCAUGAGGAAAAGGGAGUCUUCAGAUUCUUUGAAAUAUAUUUUAGUAAUGCUGCUUUUUCAGUUUUGCUUGCACAUAUUUUGUUUAUUUUUGGGUCUGGCAAUUUAAAAACAAAAUCAAAAACAAAUCAUAUCCAUCCAUUACUAUCUUUGUGAUUCAGGUGCUUGAAAUUUCUGAGAGUAUGUCUGUAUAAGUCUUCUGUUUGGCCUCAUUUUGGUAUACUUGCAGACUUCAUUUUGUUUUCUUUCUCUUAAUUCUGUUAAUUUAUUUAAUCUCAUGGGAGAGAAAACAUGACCAUUCUUUUAUAUACUGUACUUCAUUCUUCCAUCCUAUUCUCAUACUCUUAACUGCUUUGGAUUCAUGUAUUUGUUUUUGUUAGUGGAGUUGCUGCAGUUUACCUGCCAUGGUGGUGCUCAAGUAUAACAACAUAGCUGGAAACAAGUUAUUUCUCCAGUAGGGUUUCAUUCUUUUUAUUUCUCCUUUGUGUCAACUGUGUAAUCUUAAAUCUAUAAGAACUAUGCUGUACUGUCAGAAGUAUCUUAUUUUUACAUUUUAAAUUGUACAUACCACUAACAAGUCAGGUAAACUUAAUUUCUGUAAAUUUUAGUGUUCAAAAAAAUUGUGUUUAAUAAAAGUUAUCUUUUGUUUUGAGUAUAUCUUACUAAAAAAAUCUUAACUAAGAUGAAAAUUCCUUUAUACCUUUGUGUUGACAAACUGAUUUCCUAAUGGCAGAUUACCUCUUUUACAUUUUAUUCUUUAAUAAAAAUGUUUCAGACUUCACGUUCAUGGAAGUCUGAAACUGAAAUGUGUUUUAUAGCAAUUCUGGUGUUAACUACCUGAGUGACAUGAAGUCUUUUUUUUUUUUAAGCCCUGAGUUUUUGUAUAUAAACAUUGACAGCUCAUUUAAGCAUCUGAGUAGCAAUCAACAGUCCUUCUCAUAUUUUUCUUUACAUUUUAUAUUCUACAGAAUCUGAUUUCUUAAAAUGUUAGUUUAAUUAAAACUUAAUUGAAGUACACAUUACAAUUUUUAAAUUUACUAUCAUUUAAAUUUGUGACAUAACUACACAAAAGUAUUGAACAUGCUUGAGAAAUAAUUUGAUUCUCUUGAUUCAUUUGCGUGUUCUGAGUAGUUACCAUCCUUUGCAUGUCUAUGGCUUGCUGCUUAUGUUUAGAGAAAUUGUAGUUUGUUGACUUAGAAACUUCUUUUGGUUUUACAUAAUAUGAAUUUGGCACAUGUAUGCUAUUGAAAUCAAUUGCUAUAUUGACUUUAUGUAUUCUCAUUAGCAGCUAACAGUCAACACCAUCUGUGGUCACAAAGAAACAACUUAAUCUAAUGAAAUUUAACAGGAUGAAGUUUUAUUCUUUAGUUUAGCUGCUCAUGGUACAGUGUAUUAUGGAAAAGAAGGCUUCUUGACAAUGACAUUUAAUACUAAAAAAAGUAUUUUUACUACUUAUAAAUGUUAACCAUAGCAUCCAGUAAAACAGACAGACGGACACACACAUACACACCCUACCUUUUCUCUCUUUUUCUCAAUAAUAAAAUCCUCUAAUAAUUCAUGCCUUUUAAAAUGUUUAUAGUUAAAUACCUUGUCAUUACUUUUCUAUAACCUACUCAUAAUUAGAACCCUGUAUAGAAAUUUCAAAGUAGAAAUAGUGGCAAAUUGAUUUUUUUAAUUAGAAAAAUUAUAAAAUACUGGAAAAAUGAUACUUAGUUCCAGGUUAUCUGUAAGUUUGUAAAAUAAUUUUUGUUCCCUUGGCAAACGACAUACUUCCUAGCAAAAGGAAGCUCUUUGAAUUAGAGUCUUCUCUGAUUCUAAACCAUUCUAAAUUUUGGGAGCUAAACAAUGAACUUGAAAAGCUCAAGUUAAAGAUCCUUUUGAAUAUGAUUCAUGCUACCCUAAAUAAUAUUCAUCUAUAUCUCCAACAUCUUUUGGGGGGCAGUUGGAGAGAGGUUGGGGUAUAAAAAAAACUGCAUUGCUUCAGGUAGGUAUAAAUGUAGAGGUCAGUCAAAUUUUUAGUUAUACAUCAAAAACAACUACACUCCAUUAAAUUAUAAAAAUUGAAUUCUCCAACCCUAUUCAGUCUUUAAUUGGGUAUGGAGUUUUUCAUGCAUAUCACCCUUAUCAUUGCCUGUGUGGAUUAUAUAUUAUUAAAUACUAUUUUACUGAUUUUUCUAUUAUUUCCAAUUCUAACUUGAUAAUCCAUGGCUUUUAUUUCA